GUUCCAAGUUUUCCCAAAAAAGUUUAGAACCUAUCGAGCUUCCGUCGUCAUUGCCAGUCUACGUCGGAAGCUGCACCGGAAAUCCAUAAAACCCUAGUCCGGAGAGACCCCGAACAAGUACAUGGGUAUUGAACCCAACGCCGAUGUGGACACUGGGAUUGAAUGCAGCGGUGUAAAGCGGGUGAGGGAUGAUGGUUGUGAUGCAGAGAGUGGUGACGCCUCAAAGAAGGCGAGGGUCGAGAUGCCUAUCGAAGAGAAAGGGCCCGAAAAUGUGGAAGGAAGCGAAGAUGGGGAAGGAGAGAUGAAAGCUGACGAGAGGUCGGGUCCAGUCACUUUGGGUCCGAAAAGCUUUGGGUCGUCGGCAGAUAUGUUUGAUUACUUCUACAAGCUACUUCAUUUCUGGACCCCUAAUGUUGACAUCAACAAGUAUGAACAUAUGGUGUUGCUAGAACUGCUUAUGAAGGGCCAUCCAGACCCCCAGAAGAAAAUAGGCGAAGGAGUUUCUGCAUUUCAAGUUCGAAACCACACUGUAUUUAAAACCCGUUGCUUCUUCAUCUUAAGGGUGGAUGGUUCUGAUGAAGACUUUAGCUUCAGGAAGUGUGUUGAUCAUAUACUUCCCUUGCCAGAGAACAUGCAAGUAAAGCAUAACGCCAAUAAGGCCUUGGGUGGUGGCGGCAAAGGCGGAAGAGGAGGAGGAGGUCAGGGUCGAGGCCGUGGCAGAGGAAGGUCAAGAAACUGAUUGUACUGCAUUUACUAUUUUGAAUAUGCAUUUUGGAAGAAAAACAAACACUCCUGCUGAGUCCUGACAUUUUUCAACUCGGUACUAGUAUAUCCAGAUUUUGUACCUUUUUGAAUUCUCCGGUUCUGGAUUGUAUCUUCUCGGGUACUCGACCUUAGGUUGCAGCUUCAAAAUUUUCAUAAAUACACAUCUUUUUUCCCAUUUUAGACAUUCAGUCUUCCAUAUCUUAAAGUUCACUUUAGAUUAGUAUUUCCUUAUAUUUUCUAGCAUGUUUAGACUUUAGACUCCAAAUGAGGAGCUAAACUCUUUAUUCAUCGUUUUGCUAUCUUGAAGCUUGUUGAAUGUUAAAAUUAUGAGUUAU